CGCCGCGGCCGCUCUGCGCGGAGGAGAAGGAGGAAGGAGGAGCAGGCGGCGGCGGCGGCGGCGGUGGUGGCGGCGGCGCGGGGCGGCCGCGGCCAUGAGCUGCUCGGAUGUGGCCAUGCAGCAGCCCGCUUCGGCGGCGUGCGGAGCACCCCGCUAUCUGAGCGGCGCCGCCGUCCUGCCCGCGGCGGGCUGCCCGCAGAAGAAGUUAGCUGUACACAACAAGAUGCAGGAGUCUCUGGAAGUGACCCUUCCUGGCAAGCAAGAAGAGGAUGAGAAGGACCAGCCUGCCGAGAUGGAGUACCUGAACUCUCGCUGCGUCCUUUUCACUUACUUCCAGGGAGACAUUGGUUCAGUAGUGGAUGAACACUUCUCAAGAGCUUUGAGCCAAGCCAGUAGCUUCAGUCCAGAAACUGCCCUUACCAAGAGCAAGGCAGGGCUAAGUCCUCUGUGGAGAGAAAGCUCAACAAUUUCAAGCCAAAGGAGCAGUUUUCCCACUUCAUUUUGGACCGCCUCUUAUCAGCCUCCCCCUCCACCGUGCUUAAGUGGAGUACACCCUGAUUUCCCUGUUACUGCACCAGGCACCUUCCCAACACCAGAUCCCAGCAGCUGGCCAGGACAUGGUCUUCAUCAGACUGCCCCACCUCCUCCCCCUGCUGCAUCUGAAUCCUGGCAUUAUCCUUUAGCAUCUCAGGUGAGCCCUUCCUAUGCACACAUGCAUGAUGUGUACAUGCAUCGCCAUCACCCUCAUCCACACAUGCACCAUCACCAUCCCAGCUCGCACCGUGACCCCCGGUACGGGUCCCUGCUGAUGCCUUCGGUCCGUGCAGCCAGGAUUCCUGCUCCUCAGUGUGAUGUGACAAAGACAGAUCCCGCUGCUGUCACCAGCACUACCUCAGCAUGGGCUGGAGCCUUUCAUGGAACAGUGGACAUUGUGCCAAGUUUUGGGUUUGACACAGGUCUACAGCAUCAGGACAAGAGCAAGGAAACUUCUUGGUUCUGAAGUUCAGAUGAAUUAAGACCACAUAGAGCUGGAGUCAGCAGCUGGGCAGUGAUGUUGCCUCCUCCUGCAACGGGCAAAGGACACACACGAAGAUGAAGAGCCAACCAUUCUGGUUUUGCUAUCAAGCCUUUGCUUUAGGAGGCUCUUUUUGGGUUCCCACAGCGUUGAGGGGGGGGGAAAAAAACCCAAACCCAAACUUUCCUUUCUUUCCUCAUCUGAGCCUGCUGCAGCUGGGCAACCUAAAUCCUUCUCCUCUCCUCCAACAGCGUUUUGUUUCGUUCAGCUUGAUGAUUUUGUACGAACAAUCUCCAUUGUCAAGGGCAAAGACUCUGCCUUGAUUCCAGUGCACCCUCCUUUCAGGAAUCCAGUAUUUUGUAGCUCUUUGUGCAUCUAUUUUUGUAGAAAUACAGAAAGUUUGGGUAAGGCUUGCUGGGCUAUUUUGGGAUGACAUAUUUUUUUAAGAAAAAAAAGAGAAAAAAAAAAGAGAAUUGUAAAAUGGUUAAGUUCUGUUUAAAGAACUUGCUCUCAGAGAAGCACUGGCAAAAAAAAAAAAACCCCACAAAACAAUGUAUAAAAGGCUAUUUUUUAGAUGUCUGUGAUGUGUUUGUGCAUUUUGGGUUGGGUUUUUGUUUGUUUGUUACCUCAGAUAUCCAUCUUUCCUUCUAAAGAGCUCAACCUUCCUUGUUGGCAUAGUUCCAGAUUGUGAAUGUUUUUGUCUUUCUGUUCUAGCUUAAUCAAGUACAAUUCCUACCUAAAAUUUCGAUGAAAGAUCUUUCUUGAUGUUA